AUGGUCUCACUGUUUCUUCUAAGAUGGAAGCUUUCAGAAAGUAAAUGCAAGAUUAAAAGCGAGAAUGGUGAUAUGCUUGAACAAUUCUUUAAAUUAACUGAUAAAGAUGGAAAUAUUAUUGGCUCAAAUUUCGGCAAAGAUCCAUAUAUAUUUGUCCUUGGCCGUGGAGAAGUUAUCAGAGGAAUGGAUGCAGCUAUGUCAAACAUGUGCGUAGGUGAACAGCGGCGUGUAAUUAUUCCUGAAGAAUACGCUGCGGAUGGUCACAAUAUUGGUAAUAUUCGACCAGGAUCACCACUAUAUUAUUUCGUAGAAUUGAAAAGUAUUCUUAGAUUAGUGCCCGGAGAAAAGUGGUUGGAAGAUGAUGGACUAUCUAUUGAAGUAACACAUAAAAUUGACGAUGAUAAGUGCAAAAAGGCAGAAAUAGAUGAUACUAUUCACCAGCACUACACACUCCAUUUGCAAGAUGGCACUUUCAUAGAUUCAUCGAUGCAAAGGAAUGAACCACUUAUUUUCAAACUUGGCGCACCUUAUGUCAUUGCGGGAAUGGAGCGUGCUGUUAUUGGAAUGUGUGAGGGGGAAAUGCGCAAAAUUGUUAUACCGCCUGAAUUAGGAUAUGGAGAGGAAGGAAGAAAGCCAAAAAUUCCUGGCAAUGCUCAUUUGUAUUUUGAAAUUCAGUUAUUAAAAGUGAUCAAGAAAGAUGAACUUUAG